AUCCUCCACCCAAAAGGGACUCAAGAACCCAUCUAACCUGGGUGCAGGGUCUCACGCCUAUAAUCCCAAACUGGGAGGCUAAGGCAGGAAGAUUGCUUCAGGCCAGGAGUUUGGGACCAGCCUGGACAACAUAGUGAGACCUCAUCUCUACAAAAAAGAUUUUUUUUUAAUUAGCCAGGUGUGGUGGUGCACACCUGUAGUCCCAGCUACUCAGGAGGCUGAAGCAGGAGGUUGAAGCUGCAGUGAGCCAAGAUUGCACCACUGCACUCCAGCCUGGGUGACACAGUGAGACCCUGUGUUUAAAAAAAAAAAAAAAUCAAAUCCAGUUUUUUCUUUUUCUGAGGGAUAGAGGCCCAGAGAGGCUUGAAGACUUCCUCAUUGCCACCCAGCAGGCUAGGGGACUAGCAGAACUUGAGCUUAGUUUGAGAGCCCUGACCCAGCGCUCCCACCCCCAGCACUGGGCCAGGCUGCAGCAGAUGCUGGCUUCUCUGUCCCUGGCAUUACCAGGGCCCUUCCUAGAAGCCCGGCCAUGCCACAUAGGCACCUUCAACAGAGGCAAUCCAGCCAUGGCCUGGUGGUUAUGAUUGGAGCUUUUUCCUUUAGGGGCAGGAGCAGCAGCAACCUAGGUCCCUGGGCACUGUCCUAGGACCCAUGUUGAAAAGGGUUGUCCAUCCUCCUUCCCUUUCCCCAGCCUCCUCUCUCCCUCUUACUCUCCUACCAUUGUCAGCCAGGGCUCGGUAUCAGUCCUUCACACUUUACUUAAUGUGGGAGCAACAGUGAACGUUUCUAGACGUCUAAAGUCACUCUAUCAGUCAACCACGCUGACAGCUCAACUUGGGGAACAAACUCCUGCCUAGGCUGCCACAUGUCAAGUUCUCGUAGUUGCCAGGAGGGGGUACUCCUGACAACCGAUAACAGCCUUGGGGUUUUUGUCAGCUGCCAUGGUGCUGGCCAUGCCUACAGUAUCUCAACCUUUCAACUCGUGGAGGGAGGCAUUUUUAUUAUUGUCAUUUAGCAGAUCAAAAAACCGAGGCUUAGAGCUGUGAAAUGACGAGCCCAAAGUCACAGCUAUUAGAUGGUGGCAGCAGGCUUCAGAAAGAGGCAGGAAGCCUCCAGAGCCACUCAGUCCCUACACUCUCCUCACAAAACAGCCCAGCUGGGCAGGUAAGCAGGAAGGAGCUAAGGGCAAGAAUUCCAAGGAAAGGGUGCUUAGGUUCAGAGGCUAAGAUGAUUCUCUUUUUUCUGGCUCCUGUGUUAGUGAACAUCUGAAGCCAUACCCUGGUUCUCUAGAAUGUUGGGGUUGUUUCCCAAUAUCAACUCUCAGGUCAAUAAAGAGAAAAAUUAACAACUAGAUUUAGCAUAUUAGGCAGAGGCAGUAAAUAUUAGAACAUUUAGACUACUGCCCAAGAGCUCAUAAACUAGCCUGUGAGUUUAACCUGGGCUCUGGCUGUGCUGUGUUAGACCAGAACAAAAGUUUUCAAAGUAUUAUGAUCACUUUUUGUUUUAGAGACAGGGUCUGGCUCUGUUGUCCAGACAUAAUCAAGAUCAUGGCUCCCUGCAGCCUUGACCUCCUGGCUCAAGUGAUCCUUCUAAGUAGCUAAGACCACAGGUGUACGCCACCAUGCCUGGCAUUUUUUUUUUUUUUUGGUAGAACCAGAGGUCUCUCCACGUUGCCCAGGCUGGUCUCAAACUCCUCGCCUCAAGCAAUCCUCCCACUUCAACCUCCAAAGCAUUGGGAUUACAGGCAUCAGCCGCUAUGCCUGGCCUCAAAGUACCAUUAAACAAACAAACAAAAAAACUUACAUAGAUCACUUCUCGGCCUUUUGUCUAAGAUCAAGGGUAAAAAACCUUAGGUAAGACAUGCACUUGCUGCAUCCUCGUCCUUCUCCAUCAUAUUAGAUCAGGUCUUAGUUACCAUUAUUGUCACCCGCUGUAAACAUUUUGAGUUUACAUUCAACUCAGUGAGUCACAAUCCUGAAAGAAGAUUCUGAUUUAAUGGGUCUCAGGUGGCAACCCACUAUGGUAUGCUUUUAAAGCUCCUAGGCCUUUCUAAUGAGCAGGCAGGCAGAACUAGGGAAGCGUAGCCCCACCCUCACUGCUCUGGCAGGCCUGUCUUGGCUCCACUGAGUUUGAAGCACUGAAGGACCCAGGACCAGGCUCCAGGACUCCUGACAGGUUCAGAGGGCAGGUUUGGGGGUGGAGGCGCUCCUCUCCCAUUCUCUCCUGUUCAGGUCACUGAGGCGAGCUUCACUGCCUGAGUUCCUGGCAGAGUGUUCUCUACCCAAAACCUUUCUGUAGGGUGAGCUCACCCUGGAGGUUUGGGUUUUUUGAGGUUUCUUUGAAAUCCUCUCCUGGCUGGUCCCCUGGGGUCAAGAUCAGGAUUUGGGCCAGGCAGGACACGGAGUGGGGGCGGGGAACGGGCGCAUGCAGGCUGGGCCCCCAGAGCUGCACAGUAACUGCUUUGGAGGGAGGAGGAGAGCCUGGCAGAGAGGCUUUUGUAUUUCGUGGCCUGGCGUACCCGGUUUCCAGGGCAACCAUGGACACCAAGGUUCUGUUAGAGGUGGAAGCUAAGACCAGAGGAUAGCCAAUUGACAUCCAGAGCCCAGCUACCUGGGCCAAUGGGAAGUGGAGGUGGGCAGUGGGGCUGGGAGGGAUCUGAGACUAAGAAGUGCAGAGAUCUGGGCGAGUUGGAGUCCCCCUGGCUGUCAGGUUCAGCAGAAGCAGGGCCUGUUCCCCGCAACUCCUGCUCGGAAGGUCGUAGCAGGACCCUCAUAGCUGCCAGGUCUGCAGAGGCAGGAGAGCCUGGAAAGCUGAUCACAGAUGCCUCUGCUCUGAAUGGAGUUCCUCCGGACCAGGGUUCCCAGGGAGGGGUGUGGCACCUUGGGGAGGGUCAGCCCUGUGGCCCUGCUGGCUGCCCUCAAGGCCAAUGCCCUUUCUUGGCAUCCCCUGUCACUGCUUCUCCGUGUGCAGAAAUCACCAUGGACAACAGCCUCCUAGCCAUAGUCGUGGCCACCGCCUCAUCUGCAGUGUUCAUCAUGGCCAUCCUGCUGCUGCUACUGCACCAGCGCGAGCCCCAAUGCUGCCAGGUCCUCUGCACCUGCCACUUCUUCUGGAGUCCCAGCCAACAUGACUGCCCGCCUCCCUACCUCAGCACCAUGGGACACCACACUGAAGUCCAGCCAGUGGAAAGGAGCCAAGAGUUCCAGGGGAUACAGGGCGCCCACGGGGGUGAGGUAUUCUGUGUGGGGCUGCCCAGGAGUCACCAGCUGCCCCUGUGGCAGCCAGCUCGUCUGCCCAGCUAUGAGAGUGUUCGAAAGAAGGACCGGCAGCAGCAUAUUCACCAGCUGAUUGCACAGAGCUUCGGGCUCUGGGCCUGCAGAGAGCUGCCACCAAGCUAUGAGGAAGCCAUAAGGUCACCAACUGCACCAGCGCCCAGCUGUGGCUCUACUUGGCCAUCCCAGGAAGCAGCCACCUGCCCUGCUCAGGGAAGCACCACAGUGUAGGAGGGAGCAACCACCUCUGUCCUGCCCUUGCCCUUUCUCCAGGGGACUGGAAGGGAGAGCACUGAGCCUGUGGAGACAGCCCUUAUCAAUCUCCCCUGCCUAAAGACUACCCCAGCUGGGCCUUGGUAAAUGAUGUCCCCAUACAGGGUGCCAAAGUAAACCCCACAAAUCCCAGGUCUCCUCUGCCAAGGAUCUGUAGGAAGAGGGGAAUCCGGGGUCAUGUCCUGGGAAAACAAGAUGACGUGUUCAAGACCGAACUCCAGAACUGGGAGGCUUCUCUGACCUCCAGCCCUGGAGUGCCUGCCUUCAAGGCAGAGUCGAAUCCCUGAAAGGAAGCCACUGGACCCACAAGCCCCUCUAUGGGGCUGUAGCCAAUACCACCUACCUCCAACAGCCAGGAGUGACCAUCUAAACACGAGAUUUUCUGGUCCCUCCACUCAAAGCCAAGCCUCUAAAGGUCCUGGCUGGGAUGACAAUGAAGGCCUGGCCCCAGCCCACUCUAAGCCCUCACCAAGUAUUCCUGAAGCCAGAUUCUUCAUCGUUUGAGAUAAACCAAGAACUAGAAAAGAA